CCGGGUCCGCCUGACGGAGCCAAGUGGGGUGUCAUGGCCGCGGGGGGCAGCGGCUGCACUUCCUCUGCGGGCGGCGGCGGCGGCAGCGGCCGGGGAGUUAAUCCUCGACGCUCGGGUCGGUCCCGUUUCCCUCUGUGCGGCGGCCGGCGGGACCAUAAGGGCUUAACUCAUAUAUUUAACCCCCCUCCAAAAAGGUUUGAAAGUAUUCUUGAAGGGCUGUUUGGACCUGCAUUAUUAAAAGAUCUCAGUUUAUUUAAAGACUGUGAGCCUGAAAGCAUUUCUGAUUGGACUUUUGAUGAAAAUUGUCUGUUCUGUUGCUUGAGAAGAGAUAAAGUAAAGGGACACUUAGUCGGUCUGGAUGAACCAGCUUCGGGAGCUGGGCAAGAAGCUCUGCUUAAACGAGAGCAAGCAAAACUCAUUCGAUUCGAGAGACAAGCAGAAGAGUUCCUCAAUGCAGUCUUUUGUAGAAAAGACAGUCCCUGGGUCUCCGACCCCAAUAUUCCCCUAGUGGCCCGUGAGAUCAUGCAGCGAAUGAUCCAACAAUUUGCUGCUGAAUAUACCUCAAAAAAUAGCUCUACUCAGGACCCCAGCCAGCCCAAUAGCACAAAGAACCAAAGCCUGCUGAAAGCAUCUCCAGUCACCACCUCUCCCACGGCUGCAACUACUCAGAACCCUGUGCUCAGCAAACUUCUCAUGGCUGACCAAGACUCACCUCUGGACCUUACUGUCAGAAAGUCUCAGUCAGAACCUAGCGAACAAGACGGUGUACUUGAUCUGUCCACUAAGAAAAGUCCAUGUGCUGGCAGCACUUCCCUGAGCCAUUCUCCAGGUUGCUCCAGUACUCAAGGGAACGGGCGACCUGGGAGACCCAGCCAGUACCGCCCAGACGGACUUCGGAGUGGUGAUGGGGUACCUCCAAGAAGCUUACAGGAUGGAACCAGGGAAGGUUUUGGACACUCCACAUCACUCAAAGUUCCACUGGCUCGAUCCCUGCAGAUUAGUGAAGAACUACUGAGCAGAAACCAAUUGUCCACAGCUGCCAGCCUUGGACCAUCUGGAUUACAGAAUCAUGGACAACACUUAAUAUUAUCCAGGGAAGCCUCUUGGGCAAAACCACAUUAUGAGUUCAACCUCAGCCGUAUGAAGUUCAGGGGAAAUGGUGCACUCAACAACAUCAGUGACCUUCCUUUUCUUGCAGAAAACUCUGCCUUUCCAAAAAUGGCACUUCAAGCAAAACAAGAUGGGAAAAAGGAUGUGAGCCAUUCAUCUCCUGUAGAUUUAAAGAUACCACAAGUUCGAGGAAUGGAUCUUUCUUGGGAAAAUCGCACUGGUGAUCAGUACAGCUAUAGCUCUUUGGUAAUGGGUUCACAAACGGAGAGCGCGCUUAGUAAAAAAUUAAGGGCUAUUCUUCCAAAACAAAAUAGAAAAAGCAUGUUAGAUGCUGGACCCGAUUCUUGGGGCUCAGAUGCUGAGCAGUCUACCUCUGGACAGCCAUAUCCCACAUCGGAUCAAGAAGGAGAUCCUGGCUCCAAGCAGCCUCGGAAGAAAAGAGGGCGUUACAGACAGUACAACAGUGAGAUACUGGAGGAAGCAAUCUCAGUGGUUAUGAGUGGAAAAAUGAGUGUUUCCAAAGCUCAGAGUAUUUAUGGGAUUCCCCACAGUACACUGGAGUACAAAGUAAAGGAGAGGCUGGGCACUUUGAAAAACCCUCCAAAGAAAAAGAUGAAGUUAAUGAGGUCGGAGGGGCCAGAUGUUUCUGUAAAGAUUGAAUUAGAUCCCCAGGGAGAGGCAGCACAAAGUGCAAAUGAAUCAAAAAAUGAGUAGGAAUACUGUAGAGUGCCAAUUACUGUACAAACUGGGUGAGCACUACUGCAUUGUUCAGCUGUCAUUGCUUGCACCUAACUUCAUUCACUGUGACACUUGUUUCUUUGCAGAUUUUGCAUUGACUUGUGUGUACAGGGGUGAAAGGUGCAUUCUGAAUGUUGCAUAUUUUAAAAUUUUCGUGUGCAGUAUGGCUCGGGAUAUUGUUUGGCCUUUUGCAUGUUUCUCUACAAAAGAGAAUUGAGUUACCUCACAGAGAACAGAUACAUGGAAGUGGACUCCUUGCCUGUAGAGCCUGCAUGCUUUUCUUUCUUUUUUUUUUCUUAAGUUAUAUUUGCCUUUAUUUAAAAAAAAAGAAAAGAAAAAAGCCCCCUUUUAGAAACCACCUCUUUCAUAUUGGGAGCUUUAUCAUUGCAAAUUGGAAAGCCAUCUUAUAAAAUUAUUCACACUUUUUUCUUCUGAGAUUCAACUAAUUUAAGGGUUAAACUAAAGAAACCAAGAACAAUGAGCUUUUGAAUUUAAGAAAUUUGGCUAUUCAAUGAUAAAUAAUUAUUUGGGUCAAUUAACAUUUUAUGAUUUCCUUCUCACUAUUAAGUUUACUUAACAAAUUAGCAAUCUAUUUAGUGCUCACCCAGGGGGGAGAAGGAGGUGGAAAAUGUGCACACACUACCUUCAGAAAUGCUUCAGUUAAUUACGUUGUAACACUACCUUUGCUGUUAUUUCAUUUGGGAUUUUCUAAGGGUAGAAUUUGGUCUCACCAACAAGUGAGGAUAUAGCCUUAUCUCAUGGAGGACGAGCUCCGUUCUUACUCAGGAGCAGUCAGGGUACAUUACAUAAAACAAUAGAGGAUGCCUCAUUUUAGCAAAUUAAGUUUCUUUGUAUUCUUAAAUCCUUUUACAGAUUUGAUCAUGUGCUAACUAACAACUAAAUGUCAGUUGCAGCAACUAUUUUAAAAUAUUUAAGAUCUGUUUAUUGGGGGGAUGGGAGAAAUAGGGGGGAAAUGUGUGUGAGUAAUUAUAAUAUUGCAAAAGUGGUAUCUAGAUUUUACAGCCUCAGUAAUCUGCUCAAAUAUCCACAUAAGUGAAGAAUCCAUGUUUGUGGUGAGAGAAAGAACACAACCCCAAGGUAACCUAAAAUGAUUUAGGUUGCAUUUCAGUUCUAACAAUAAUUCAAUCAGAAGUCAAGCUCCUUAGCAAUUCUUUUUUAACUAAUUCAGAUACUAGUACAAGGGGGCAGGGUUGUUUUUUUAGUUUUAUUUGUUGCUUUGAACUCUUUUUUUCUUUCUUUUUAUUUAUUUUUUUUGGCAUCCUACAUACCAUCCUUCUUAACUUUUUCUGGUAUUUAGCUGAUUUUUAUGGUUGUUUAGCACACAGUUCAGGACCUUUCAGAUUGUGUUUUGUAUAAGCACUCCUUAAAGAACACCUAAGGUUUUUUUUUUGAGAUGGGCUUUUAAAAUUACAGUGAUAAGGUUUGGAAUGUUUAUUUUCUACAGCUUUUUUGCAAGAAUAACAGGUAAAUAAAGCCCAUGAAAUUUAAUUUUGUGUUGUGACCAAAUUAAAAUUAUUCUUUGUGCAAAACAAAAUCCACCCCACAUACACCCCUAUAUUCUAAUCUGCUGAGAAAGGUGGUCAGCCCCUUCUAAAUGCUUAACCAAAAACAAACAAAAAAAAUCACUGGAGUUUUUGUGUAAAAUAAAAUCAAAACUUGGAGCGUUAAAUUGAGGUUGAUGAUUUCUGAUGGAUACUGACAGUUUGAGAAGUAGGUCCAGAUAUUCCCAAGGCAUAAAUUCUUGCCUGGAAACUUUGGAGCAGUUAAUUAGGUUAAGGAUAGUUUUCCCUCAGCAACCUGUGUGUUCAAAGGUUAGGCACACCAUUGCUGUUAUUAAAGUACACACAUUCUUGACAUAGCCUGGGCUUGGGUUCCUCUUUUGGUUUGGUUAUUUUGUGUAGCAGUUUAAUCAGUGGAUGACUGAGCCUGUUUCCUCUUAGCUUUCUAGUCUUCUCAACAGAAAAAGCAGUUUGGGUUCAGAGCAGUGUAUGACUCUGCAGUAUUUUCUAGCCUAGCUGGAAGUUGCAAUAAAAAAUACUUAAUGAAAUGUAUGGUUUUCAUCUGCAGUUGAAGGAAGUUAUAGAAAUUUUGCUGAAAGCAAAGGACUAAGCUUAUGAAGGAACACCUCCUUUGUUCCACACUCGGUUUGUCACACACAAUUAAUUGCAGCCAUGGUACCUUUUUGCAUGAUGUUUGGGGAUAUUCGGUAGCCCAAGAUUGCUGCAAAAAGGUCCUUUGAGCAGUUAAUUUGUGCUUGUUUUUAUCCCCUCAGAAAGGCAUCAUUAAAGGCCCAUUUAAAAAUCUGGCCCUAAAAGUUCAACUUUUGUAGAGUUUUACUGUUCAGAGAGGUUUUAAUCCUAUGUGGUAGUCUCUAAAGUGAUGUAUGAGUUGAGUUAUGUAAAUUUUGUCAUUGUAGUGUACAUGGAGUGAUCAUUUUACUAACAUAAAUAUUUUCUAUGUGUGUUUCAGUGGAUGACAAUCGAGCAGCAGAAGAAUGGUGUGCCUACCCUUUAAUGCUGCAGUUUAAAUAAGAGAACUUGUAUUGUGUCAUUUCAGAUUGUAGGCUGAGAGUUGUAAAUAGUGAAAAUUUGAGUACUUCUAUUAUUUGUUUUGGUUAGAAGGUGAAUUUAAAAAACAAACCAAACUCUAAACCUUCUCAGAUUAAAAGUCCUGAGACCUGAAGAUUGUAAUAUUCAUGUCUGUGAAGCUUUUAAACAUUACACUUGAGAUCAGUCAUGACUUGAUAUUCAGGUAAAUUUUCUUUUCCAAGAAGCUUUUGAAUAAGCAUAUUUCCUCCAAAGGUCGGUCGGUCUCUUUCUUUUUGAGUGUAGGUUAUUUUAAAGCACUAAUUGCAUUACACUGGUAACUGCAAUAUAAAAUAGCCAUUAUUGUUUUGUGAAGCAUGGUUGAAAUUAGAUAGUGGUCCCUUUUAAAUUUCAUGAGCCUCUCCAAAAAAAAAAAAAAAAAAUUAAAAAAAUACAGAAAGCUGCUGAAUAUUUCAAAAGAUAUAUAUUUUACCUUAUUGUAGGUUUUGUAAAGUUAGUUUGUAAUAUUCAGGUGCACUUUUAAUGUUAAAUUUUGUGUUCAGAGUUCCAUUAUACCAUGUGUUUCUUGGAUGUGGCUCAUCACGUGGCUGGCUGUCAUGUCAGUCUUGGUGCCGCAGUGAUCCCGUAAUAUUUGAUUUCCCUCUUGAUUUGCCACUAUUCUGAAUUGGCACUUUCAGUGUAGAUAUUCUAGUUUGGGAACAUCCUCAUAAAUGUGUAAUAGAGAUUGGUCUAUUCGCAUGCUUAAUUUCUGCUAAUCAGAGUUUUGCAUGGCCCAAACAACAGCUGACCAUUUUUAUGGUAUGGGAAAGUAUAGUUCACAGCUAUCUUUGUCACAAAAGCCUUUUCUCCUUUCAUUUUCCAGUAGGCGGAUGAUGACAUUACUCCAACUAUAUGAUAUGACUCAAAAUAAUAUUAGGAGAUAAUGUAUUUAAAAUCAACUCCUACAUUUUUUUAUGAGAGAACAUAGAUGUAGAGUAGAUAAGCUAUGGCACUAUAAAAUCAAAAACACUAAUUCCGUGGAAGGAUAUCUAGUUGGUAUUUUUAUCAUUAGCUUUCUCACUUUUGAAACAGUCAUCAAGCUUGACAGUAAUGUAUUGUAUUAUAUUACUUUGUUUAAUAGGCUUACAGGUGACUGAACUGUGUUUGUGAUGAGCUAUACACUUUAUUCUGUUCCCCAAAUACCAUGAAGGACAAGGUCUCUCUUUCAGGAAAAAUAAUUUAUAUUUGUGUAUAAUACUUUUUAAUGUUAAGUUUGUUGUUAUUCUGAAGUUUAGAUGUUGCUUGAUAAACCUUUGCUGCAGCAGAUCAUGGAUAUGAGUAAGGCUUUGUGUGAUAAUAGGGGUCCUUAAGUGAAGUUAAUUACUGUUCAGUUCUGGUGAGCAAGUUCAACAAGUGUGAAGUGUGUAUUAGCUUUAUUUGGUACACUUUUACUUUACAAUAUUGAAGUGCUUUUAGAACUCUGGUUAUCUUAUAUAAACCAUUACCUCAACCAAUUGGCAUUUCCAUUCCCCAACAUUUUACCUGAGCUAUAUAUAAGAUGAGCUAUAUGGGAUCAGAUAGUAAAACAGUAAGGCACAAUGAGAAGUUUAGUUCCCAAUUUUCUGGAGAGAACUGUAAAUUAAACUAAAAAUGACUACCUGCAAAGGCCCAUAUCAUAACUACCUUCUGUCAUUAGGCAGUACGUAGCAGCCUUGGAGCUGCUAGUGAGCUGUGUGUUCUCCCCCUGCCCCAAGUAAGCACAUGGUGCGAGGCUUGGUUCUAAGCCUUUGUGAGUCUCUUAUAUUUCAUUGACCCAUAAUAGUGAAGCUUGGAUUCAGUUAUUUUUAUAAAACAAAUUAUUGAGUCAGCCCAAUGUCAGAACCUGAAAUUAUUUUGAGUAGUUACGGCAGAUAUGACAGCUCAGUGUCAUUUUCUUAACAGCUAUUAUCCCUGUAGAUUUAAUUUUGAAACUACAUAUUUUGCUUUUGAAAUUAUUCUUUCUUUAACUAAAUGCCAGAGGUUAUUUUCAUGUGAACCAUCCUUUUCUGAUAUAUAUAUAUUCAGGUUGCUGUCAUUGGUGAUGGAAUAUGGCAAUAGACUGAAUUGUUCCACUUAGUCUUUUAUAGGAGACAUUAAAAGUUACAGGUUAAAUUUUGACCUUCAUGAAGAUGUCAAAGAUUGUUUUCCUUGUUACCUUUCCAUUAUAAUUAGGUCUUCAUUAAUACCACGGUCAAGCCAGUGUUAUUAACUUAAUGGCUUCAACCAAACAGCCCAUUUGGAAACUUUAUUAAGCUAUAUAGGGAUUUUUUUUAAAUCUAAUUGCUUUCAAGCUCUGCUGAAAAGGAAAAAAGUAUAAUCGUGGUACAAGGAAUGCAGACCUCCAAAGUCUUCUUAGGUUUUUUUUGGAUACAUUCUGUCCUUGAGACUUAAGUAGGAUUUGUGAACAUGGUGACUGAAGGGAAAAUAGAGGAAAUUCUUUGCAUAUUCUCUCUUAUUCCCAAAUAAACUCGCAGUUGCCUUUUAAAGAAGCAGACAUUAUCCCUGUAGCUAUGUGCCCUAAGUGUUAUGAAGGAGAUUGGAGGAGGGAGUUGGGAAGUAGGAUGGGGAAAGUAUGUAGAUCAGGAAAAGCUAAAGAUUCUGCCCUACAAUACUAAAAAUGAGUCGCAGUAUAGAUAACAUGGUAAAGUUGGGCCACCUUCAUUUGAUAGUCAGAAAAAUCUUAGGUUGUUUGAAAAGUGAGAAUAAAGGCAAAUUAAUGUUGGCUUGACAAACAAUAAAAUAUGAGUUAAUUCUGCAACUAUUAGGAGGGUAAUUUUAAGGUUUCCAGUUCAUUUAUAGCUAUAUCAAUAAAAGCCGAAAAGCAAGCACUUUUAGUUAAUCAUAAAUUUAUUGGAUGUAGCAAAUAUUAUAAUCAUAAUAUUUAAUCUUUACUGUUUGAAUAUGGAAUUAAACUCUUUACCCCAUCUUGAACUGUCAUUGAACAGGCUCAAGAUGAUCUUUUCAACACUGGAAAUGACCCUACACACAUACCAAAAAAAUCUAAAGCAGUAAGACAUAUUUGAAGAUCCAUACCUCUUAGACUUUUUAGAUUUGUCUUGGGAAAGAAUUUAUGAACCUGUAACCAGUAUUAGUGCAGUCUUGGGUUCCUAGUUCUGCAUAAUUGCACCCUUUCUCAGGUAUGUCCUGAAAACAUAAAUUUUAAAAUAAUCUCUUUAGAGAUUAGAUUCUCAGUGGAUAGUGUGU